AUGGAGAAGAAGAGGGAGAAAGAGGCACAAGAAUUAUCCUCCGAUAAUAUGCCGGUGGAGAGAAAGGCACACGUGUGCCAAGUGUGCCAGCGGAGGUUUAUCUCCGGGAAGGCUCUAGGAGGUCAUUUAAGCGCUCAUCUUCAAGCGAAGAAGGCCAAAAACAGGUUCACUACCUUAGAAGAAGAAGAGAAGCACUUCCAUCCUGAUAGGGGGGCCUGGAGAGCUAAAGCGGAAGAGAUUCAAGAAGAAGAAGCAGCUCACGAUGUUGUGAAUUUGUUAGGCCAUAAAGAAGACAAGCGAAUCAAAAGAGGUGGCGAGGAAAAUAAUAAGGGAAAGGGAACGGGAAAAGCUCACCAUCAUGUUUCCGGUAGCAGCAGUGAAGACGAUACAGAUGAAUAUUACUGCAACAACCACAUGGAGGAAAUCAGAAUCAAUGGUGGGAUUCUAAAUCCUAAACAGAUUAAUUAUCGGAACAAGGAAUCAUUAAUGGAACCAGAAUCAGAAUCCAAGAACAAAAAGAGACGAGUACUGGAAGUAGAAUCUGCAGAAAAAGAGAAGAACAAGUGCAAUUGCGGUAGGGGUUUUAGCAGCUCUCAGCCACUGGGAAGACACAAGGAAAUUAUGCAGCAGCAGCAUAAUAAUAAUAAUAAUAAUAAGGUGAAGACUGAGAUUCCCAACACAAGUAAUGAUAAUGAUGAAAACCAAUCAAUUGGAGUUCACCGGAGGGUCGAGUCCAGGUGGUUGCUGCAGGUUGCCUCACCCAGAAUUCCAAAGUUUCUGAUGUUUGAUUUGAAUGAGAUCCCUGCAGAUGAUGCUGCAAAUGUUGAUGACCAAUUUAAUUAA